UAACGAUAUCAUACAUCCUCUUUACCGAUAGCGAUAAGAGUUCCUCUUCAAUCAGAUAGAGAUCUUCUCGUUCGCUGUUGGAUCGAUCAUAGAAAGCUGUGUAACGAGAUCGAUCAAGAGACAGGCUCGAGGUCGACUUUGGAAAAUCCUCAGCCUUGAGCAGGCACUCUGCUGUUUGGCUUCUGAUCCCAGCGUCAACCGACACUGCAAGAACCGCCGAGAUCACCACUAUCCGUCUCGCCAUGAUGUAUCCUCCUUCUUCUGGUCCUCAACAACAGGAAGUUUCAUUUGAGGGUGCUCAAUCGAGACAACCCGGCAGGCCCCGUACCGCACAUCGGCGGCUUGAUACAGGACGACCAGACACCUCGACCUCAUCGGUAGGGGAAGUUCCAGAACAGACAUUCUUCCCCGACAACGACGAUGAAGACCUUGAUGAAGCAGCCGAAGAUGACUAUCAGACAGAUGAUGAUGAGGACGCCGACGUGUUUGCUUUCGAAAGGCCACAGACUGCGGCUGUUAGGAGUUCGACAAAGCCUGGGCAGGUGCAAUACGGUAACAUCACCGCCGGUCAGGACGUCAAUCAAUCUCCUGUGAUUCCUCGGAUCGCUACAUCUAAAAGUCAGGCGCCUACCACAGCAGCAACAGAUCGCUCCGUCUCGUUCGGAUUCAACAUCCCAGAAGAGCAGGACGAGCCGACUCAUGGACGGCCCGUGAAUAUGGAGACCUUGACGCACCUGUCGUAUCGACCGCCUACGGCCGGAGACCCAUACUAUAUUCCCAAUCCGAACACCACGGCUUUCACGUCACAACAUUCGAGGUGGGGCGCCCAACGUCCUUCUGUGGUAUCUGAUACCCUAGUCGGACACACAUCAACAGCUCACACAAAGGAUGAUCACGAGUCGCCUUCAUCAGCGCCGGACUCGAUGCAUGGCGAUUACGGUCAUCCCUUCGCCAGAGACGCCGAUCUAAAGUCAUUCUCUGGCGAAAUUGAGCUAGCAAACUUCCGAAGCCGACCGGGUACUCAGGCCACGUGGAACAUAAGUGAAUUGCGGGGCGCAUCGACGAUUCCAGACGGGAUCACCACCAAGGGCGACGGUCUGGGCGGUAUCCAUCCGAAAUGGCCCAUCGAAGAGGUCAACUCUACCGCCGGCGUCGAGGAUCCUGACGAGGACAGCCAGUAUCCCGAAGUUCGGGCUUCGGUGUCAAAUAUGGAUGAUCCAGAGAUGCCAGCCUUGACGAUUCGAUCCCUUUUCAUCGGUUUGCUCUUCGCCAUCCUGGGAGCAACAAUCACAACGUUCUUCUCUUUGCGAGGUCCAGGCCCGCUGAUUCUUCCUCUAGCAGGACAGCUCAUGGCGUAUCCAUUGGGUCGCUUCUUGGCUUGGGCUAUGCCUCUGCACACGUUGCACCUGCCUCGCUGGCUCGGUGGCUUUCAACUUGACCUCAAUCCUGGACCUUUCAAUAUCAAAGAACACACUGUCAUCGCGAUGAUGAACAACAUCUCCUUCCAAUGGACGACAGGGCUGCAUGUAGCUACCGCUGCGCAGGUAUAUCUCGACAUCCCUUUCUCGGAUAGCUUUGCUCUGCUGUUCACUUUGACAGCGCAGAUGGGGGGCUUUGGCCUCGCGGGGUUAUCUCGUCGGCUACUCGUAUGGCCGGCUUCCAUGAUCUGGCCAUACAACCUGGUCAUCACGACAAGCUUGAACACCCUCCAUGCUGGUGACGACCCAGGAUCACAUGGCAUCUCACGAUUUAAAUUCUUCAUGAUCGCCCUGGGUUCCGUGUUUAUCUAUCAUUUCUUCCCCGGCUAUGUCAUGACCAGUCUCUCGUACUUUUCGUGGAUCUGCUGGAUCAAGCCUGAUAACGUGGUCGUCAAUCAGCUAUUCGGAGUGGCGACAGGAUUGGGUAUGGGCGUCCUGACAUUCGACUGGUCUCAAGUUCUGGUCGUCGGUAAUCCCUUGAACAUACCUUGGUGGGCGUCAGUUAACGUUGGGGUAUCAUUCGUCAUCUUCUACUGGUUCAUUACACCUCUUCUAUAUUAUACCAAUGUCUGGGAUACCGCUUACCUGCCCAUGUCAACUUCGGGCCUGUUCGACCGGUUUGGACAGAGCUAUAACAUCACGGCAGUUAUUACUCCGGAACAUCAACUGAACGUUACCGCCUAUCAAGAAUAUUCUCCGGUCUAUCUCAGCGUGACCUAUGCAAUGACAUUCACAAUCGCCUUCGGCCUGACUACGGCUGCUGUCGUCCAUACCAUACUUCAUCAAGGGGAAAGGAUCUACAAUACCUUACGUUCAAGGAAAACCGAAGAGGAUGAUAUCCACAUGAAGUUGAUGAAGCAAUAUCCAGAGGUUCCAGACUGGUGGUAUGCCAUCUUUUUGAUGGCCACUGUCGUACUCGGCAUCGUGUCGGUGGAGGUUAACAAAACUGGAGUUCCCGUCUAUUCGCUUCUGGUCGGCUUGGCUACAACCCUCGUCUACUAUUUCCCUGCCGGCUUUCUCUAUGCUCGUGCGGGCAGCGCGCUGGCGAUGAAUUUGAUUGCGGAAAUCAUACCCGGUUACAUGCUUGAAGGGUCUAUUCUGGGGAAUAUGGUCGUGAAGGCAUUCACGACACAGACUAUGCUUGGCGCGUUACAAUUCACACAAGACCUGAAACUAGGUCAUUACAUGAAGAUCCCGCCAAGAAUUACAUUCUUCGUACAAAUCCUUGCAGCAAUUGUCGCAUGCCUUGUCUCUGUUGGCGUUAAGGUGAUCCUCUUCGCGUCCAUCGAUGAUAUCUGCAGCCCAACGCAAGCGAAUCAGUUCACGUGCCCAUACACGAGCAUAUUUUACAACUCAGGAGUGUUAUGGGGCGCAAUCGGCCCCCGUCGACUUUUCAGUAAGGGGUCGCUCUAUUGGCCUCAAACCUUCAUGACAAUCGCAGGGGCUAUCUUGCCCAUCCCAAUCUGGUGGCUGGGGAGGCGAUAUCCAAAGCGCUUCUUUCGUCAAAUCGAUCUUGUCGUCAUGUUCAACGGGGUCUUGGGUAUUCCGCCUGCUACAGGGAUCAAUUACGCGAGUUUCUUGCUUGCAGGAUUUGUUUUCCAAUAUGCGAUCCGUCAUCGCAACUUUGCAUGGUGGUCGAAGUACACGUAUGUGCUUGCUGGAGCCUUGGACGUCGGAACGCUAGCAGCAUUUGUCGUCAUUUUCCUCGGAAUGGGAUUAACAAGUACCCGUUUCGAGUGGGGAGGCAAUACCAUCUAUACCAAAACGGCGGAUUGGUUAGGCAUGCCAUACCGCCCUCCCCCUGUGGAUGGAUUUGGCCCAGCAACCGGAUGUACGUCUCCCUCAAUCCUGAUAGUAGCGCAGAGGUACACACACUGA